AUGGCGGCCGGCGGUCAGAAGGCGCCCAAGCCAUCGGCCCAGAAAAAGACUGUGUCCCCUGGCAAGACUGUCGCAGCAGCAGGAGCUGCCCCUUCGAAAAAGGCAAACAACAAAACGAAUGGCAAGAGCAAGGAUCGGGGAACAAAACCGUACUUGAGUGAACCUUACAGGAUGCAGGACGUAGCCGUACCCACCAAUGAACAGUGGGCGCACAUCAAGGCCGUGGUGGCAGAGACGUUGCAACCGAUCGCCGACGCGAAAGCGCAUCGCCGUGCCGAGCGUAAUCUGGCGCGCCGUGGUCGCUUCCCAACUCGCCGCCAGCUUCGCGCCGCCCAAUCAGCAAAAGAUGCUGCGGCCGAUGCACCAACUUCUCCGACGGAUGGCCCGCCUUCCAAGCGAAAGAAGGAGGAGCCUCACACAACUCCUCAAGAAAAAACGACGGCCAAACAAAAGUCUGCUGAUUCACCCAACUUGAUGCAGGGCUUAGCCCUCGGCAUCAACCAUGUGGCACGCGCAAUCGUGUCCCAACAAGCUGUUUUGGUUCUUGUCGAACGCAAUACCCAGCCCUUUGCACUCGUGCAACACCUGCCCGAGCUCUGCCAGCGCCAUGAGGUUCCCUUGUGCUUGGCCAACGGUGUGGAAGACUUGCUCCGACCUUUGCUUCAGUGUCGCUGCAAGGCACUAGCUUUUCUCAAGUCCAGUGAGAUGGAGCAGGAAACGGCCACCACCGCCAUUGCCAAACUGUUGCCCUUGGUGCCCGUGCCUGACCUCCCUUGGCUUGCGGACCAAGCCUAUCAGCCCCUCCAAGUGACCCAUGUGCUGCGGGUGCCCAAAGAUCAGCAGCCACAUCGACGCAAGGGUCAGCUUGCACAGCAAGCGGCCCUGCAGAGCACGAAAUGA